AUGGGAAGCAAUAGUAGCGGAGAAAUACAAACCUUCAUGUCUAGCGACGAGAAACCAAUCGCCGCAGGGAAUGGCGUGAGCCUAUCUAUUUCUCUUGCUGAGCCGGUACUCUUCCUUCAGGGUUUCGAUCCCUCAGAGCUUGCGAAUCAAACGACCUCCAUGUUGAGGGGUAGCUUUCAAUUACGAGUGUCAAAGACGGCGAAGAUAAAGACCGUUUCGCUGUCAUUCAGAGGCCGGGCAGAAACAGAAUGGCCCGAAGGUAUUCCUCCGAAGAAGACUGAUUUCAAAGAUCGCGAUAGUAUCAUAAACCAUACAUGGCCUUUCUUCAACGCACAGUUUCAGACAGCUGAAUAUGGGUCGGGUGCUGACGUGGUCCAAUCCUUGAAAGGGCCUAUGGCCACAACGACAGAAAUUGGUACUUCGGAUGCUUGUUUGGAAGACAAGCGUCGACCAGCAAUGAGUGCAAUAAAUGCCAAAGAGCAGAAGAGAUUAUCUUUCCAGGAAAACAAUGCUCGAAGUUCGAAAAAAACCGAUGGGGCAAAUAGUGGACCAUCAGUGGCGCAAAAAGGCUAUCGAACAUUCACACCGGGUGUCUACAUCUACAACUUUGAGCUACCCAUUGAUUCGAGGCUUCCGGAAACGAUUGACGUCGAGUUAGGUAACGUUAAAUACGAGUUAGAAGCAACGGUCGAAAGAGCUGGAGCCUUUAGGGCCAACUUGGUAGGGGCUAGAGAGGUCUUCCUGAUUCGAGCCCCUUCAGAAGGCUCUCUAGAACAGGUUGAGCCGAUAGCUAUAUCACGAAAUUGGGAGGAUCAACUACAUUACGACAUCGUCAUAUCUGGCAAAUCGUUCCCUCUUGGAGCCCAUGUCCCCAUCGCAUUCAAACUUACACCCCUCGCAAAAGUGCAGUGUCACCGAAUCAAGGUCUAUGUCACGGAAAACAUACAAUAUUUCACGAGCAACAAGCGUGUGCAUCGGCUUGAGCCUACCCGGAAAUUGCAACUUUUUGAGAAAAGAGCUGAUUCGAAAAGUGUGAGCACUUAUGCAGGAAGCGAGCUACGCAUCACUGCUGGUGGCGGCGUUGCUUAUGAUUCGCGUAUGGAGGCUGCAAGGGGCAACGAGGAUGUUCCAAGAGACAUGUCGAACCUCCUGGGCAACCUGGACGCAGGUGGAGAAGUUGGCCCUACAGAAAUGGAGUUCAACGUUCAAUUGCCGAGCUGCCAUCAAAUGCGAGAAAAAGAUCGAUCCCAAAGGCUACAUUUUGACACAACUUAUGGAGGCAUCCAGGUACACCAUUGGAUCAAGAUUGUGAUGAGAUUGUCAAGACCGGACGCAGUCGACCCUGCCAAGCGUAGACAUUUCGAGAUCUCAAUCGACUCUCCUUUUCACAUCUUGUCAUGUCGAGCUACCCAAGCAAACAUUGCUUUACCGGCCUAUACGUCCCCAGAAUCGGCAACUCUGCUGACAGACCACUCGGCUUGUGGCUGCCCUGGCGCACCGAGAAGGCGCAAUUCUCCUACAAGUCUAUUACCUACACUCAAAAGUCUACGCUUAGACGGCAGCAAUGCUUCCUCGAGCAGCGUCAAUGCGCCAUCGGCCUCUUCAUCCGCAAUUACUAGGCCUCAAGCUGCACAUGUCCACGAUCCGAAUGCGGGUCAGAGCCGCCCCAUACAUCUUCUCCGCAACCCUUCUUUCAACCCUCCACCGUUCGACAGUGAGGAACCUCCACCUCCACUCAUGAGUCCGCCACCAGGUUACGACACUCUUGUUGGCGACGGCAACGGCCUUGCGGACUAUUUUUCGCGGCUUGCUAAUGAGGUUGGUGAAGGCGAAGACAACCGUGGGACCAUGUCACCAGGAGCUAGGAUCGAAUUACCCCUGACUCCUGGUGGCCAAAUCAAUCGGAGUAUGGACGAACGCCGGACGUGGCUUCCUCUGGGCCAGACCUAA